AUCUGGACUUCAAGGGGGAAGAAAUUGAUGACAUUGGAUCAGGAUGCUGGGUAAACUUCAAAUUCUUCGUGUUCUUCUUCCAGAUAUUACACUCUGGGGCAUGGAGUUGGGCCUUCUGAGCAUGAGGAGAGGAGAGCUGGCCAGGUUUCUGUUCAAACCAACCUAUGCCUAUGGAACGCUGGGCUGCCCUCCUUUGAUCCCCCCAAAUACCACUGUCCUGUUUGAGAUCGAGCUGCUUGACUUCCUGGACUCUGCUGAGUCAGACAAGUUUUGUGCCCUUUCAGCUGAGCAACAAGAUGAGUUUCCACUUCAGAAGGUCCUAAAAGUGGCAGCUACUGAACGGGAGUUUGGCAACUACCUUUUCCGCCAAAAUCGUUUCUAUGAUGCCAAAGUGAGAUAUAAGAGGGCCUUGUUGCUUCUCCACCGACGAUCAGCACCCCCUGAAGAGCAGCAUCUGGUGGCAGCAGCCAAGCUUCUUGUUCUCCUUAACCUGUCCUUUACGUACCUGAAGCUGGAGCGACCUACCACAGCCUUGCGCUAUGGAGAACAAGCUCUGAUCAUCGACCGGAAGAAUGCUAAGGCCCUCUUCCGGUGUGGACAGGCCUGUCUACUCAUGACUGAGUAUCAGAAGGCCCGAGAUUUUCUAGUCCGAGCCCAGCAGGAACAGCCCUUCAAUCAUGACAUCAAUAAUGAGCUGAAGAAACUGGCCAGCUAUUACAGGGACUACACAGAUAAAGAGAAAGAGAUGUGUCACCGAAUGUUCGCUCCUUAUGAUAACGGCUCUACAGUAGGAGAAAAUUGAAGAUUCUUCAACUAAACUACAGACGAGAGUGGCCGGGCUGCUGGAGUUCUCCAUCACUGGGGCUAGGGGGGCUUUCUAGAAAGAACUCCCCAGCACACACUGUGUUGUAGGGACGCGCUUAGAAGUCGGGGCUGGAAUUCCACAGCCCCGGUCAUUGCCUCAUCUCUGACUGACGCAGCUCAAAUGUGUUUUCACAGGUGCUAUUUUGUUUCACGUUUUCAUACACAGAGUCGGGGAAAGUGUAGCUACUGACAAGUAGAAAAAUGCUAUUUUUUUAAAAGGCAGUUUCUUGUUUUUCUUAAAUGGAAUUAGUCCUUGGCUUUUCUCCCAGUCCUAGCCCCCCUUCCGGCUGUUAAUGUCCCUGGGUAAAUACAAAUAGAGAUUACUUUGUGUAUUUUAUAGGGUUUUCUGUUUUAGAGAAUUAUGUUACAUAUGUUUUUGUUCUAAAUAAAUAAAACCUUUCUCUGUC